CCCGGGAACCCCCCGCCAGCAGCGCCGGCUCUGCGGCUGCAGCCCCGCGGCCAGGAACGAGCUGGCGUGUUCCUCCUAGAACCCCAAAUCAUCUUAUCUGGCCCAACUGGUGGUUGCAGUGGGAUCAGCUGUACAGCAAGUGACCUCAGCACAGCCCGGUGGGGACAAGGCCAGUGGCCUGGAGGUUCCCAACAGGCCUACCAGGGAGUCACCAUUGGGGAUCAAGAGUCGGAGUGGAGAGUCAGCUACCGUCUCCCCGCUGGGCUAAGAAAAUGGCCGCCACUCAAGAGGUGCCUCCCCCAGCCCUCGGCCUUCAUUUCCUGUAUCCGCUGGAGGAGACGAUGGCACCACGGGUGAAAAUGGAGGAGCCCGAACCGUUAGGCCCGGAGCCAGGCUGGGAGUGGGAGACGGCCAGCAAGGCGCCGUGGGUGGUGCAGGCUGGGACCAUCGGGGAGCUGCUGAGGUGGGCAGCUCCUCAGCAGGCCCGGCCUGAGGAGACACCCCAAUGCUGGUGGGGGCAACGGUCACCCCUGGAAGUUCUCCCCCCCUGGGAGAGCCCCACCCUGCCAGACAACAGCGCCCUCUUUGGGCAAGCAACCGAUGCCUGCCCAUGGCCCCGAGGGGAGCGCUUGGCACGACUCACGCCAACCCUCGGCAGCGAGGCCUUCAACAGCCCACGGGCAGGGGAUGCCAAGGAUUAUGGAAAGGUGAAGGCGGCCAUCUUGGGAGUGGAGAGGGCAGCCAUCUUGGGAGAGCAAUUAACGCGACUCACGCCAACCCUCAGCAGCGAGGCCUAUCGCAGCCUAGAGGCUGGAGAUGCCAAGGAUUAUGGGAAGGCUGCCAUUUUGGGAGUGGACAAGGCAGCCAUCUUGGGAGAGCCAUUACCUCGACUCACACCAACCCUCAGCAGUGAGGCCUAUCGCAGCGUAGAGGGUGGAGAUGCUAAGGAAUAUGGGAAGGCAGCCCUUUCGGGGGUGGAUAGGGUGGCCAUGUUGGGAAUGGACAAAGCAGGCAUCUUGGGAGAGCAGUUGAUGCGAAUCACGCCAACCCUUAGCAGUGAGGCCUAUCGCAGCCUAGAGGCCGGAGAUGCAAAAGAUUAUGGGAAGGCUGCCAUUUUGGGGGUGGAUAGGGCUGCCAUUUUAGGAGUGGACAAGGUGGCCAUGUUGGGAGAGCAGUUGACACGACUCACACCAACCCUCAGUGGUGAGGCCUACCGCAGCCUGGGGACAGGAGAUGCCAAGGAUUAUCGGAAAGCUUCCAUUUUGGGGGCAGAUAGGACAGCUAUCUUGGGAGUGGACAAGGAGGCCAUCUUGGGAAUGGACAAGGCAGCCAUUUUAGGAGAGCAGUUGACGCAUCUCACGCCAACACUCACUGGUGAGGUCUACCGGAGCUUGGAGGCCAGAGAUGCCAAGGGUUAUGAGAAGGCAGUCAUCAUGGGAGAGCAGCUGACACAAUUCAUGCCAGCCCUCAGCAGCGAGGCCUACCGUAGCCUAGAGGCUGGAGAUGCCAAGGAUUAUGGGAAAGCUGCCAUUUUGGGAGCAGACAAGGCAGCCAUCUUGGGAAUGGACAAGGCAGCCAUCUUGGGAGUGGACAAAGCUGCCAUCUUGGAAGAUCAACAGACAGAAUUCACGCCAACCCUCAGUGGCGAGGCCUACCGCAGCCUGGAGGCCGGAGACACCAAAGAUUAUGGCAAAGCAGCCAUCUUGGGUGUUGGCAAGGCAGCAAUCUUGGGAGUGGGCAAGGCUGCGGCAGAGAGGUGGCGCCAAUGCUUCCGAGGAUUCAGCUACCAGGAGGCUGGUGGGCCACGGGAGGCCUGGGCCCGGCUCCGGGAGCUUUCCCGCCGCUGGCUGGAGCCCCAGCGUCGCACCAAGGAGCAGAUCCUGGAGCUGCUGGUCCUGGAGCAGUUCCUGAGCAUCCUGCCGGGGGAGAUGCAGAGCUGGGUCUGGGAACGAGGCCCCGAGACCUGUGCUGAGGCUGUGGCCCUGGCUGAGGGCUUCCAGCGGGCUCGGCCGGAGGCUAGGAUUUGGGAGCAGCAGGUCACUGUGCGGGUGAAGGUGGAAAAACCCAGCAUGGAGGAGACACCAUGUGCAGGAGCAUCAUGGGAAACUCCUGCACCCCCACUACCCCAUCCCCAGGAGGGGGCGACACUGAGCCGGCCCGGCCCCGAGCUACCCUGCAUCCCCAAGGAGGAGCCCCAGCCGCCCCCGGCAGGAGCCAUAAUGGAGGAGGCAAAUCCGCAGCAGGAAUGUCCAAAGGAAGGCAAAGUGCCCCGCAUCUGCCCCCAAAAAUCCGUUGGGGACAGGGGCCCUGGGAGUCAGGGUAGGGCUGAUGUCCCCCAGCCGCCGAGGGAACUCGCCCCGCAUGCCCGUGACCCUGAUGUCGCGUCUGGUUCCCACCCAAUCCAGGGGCCUCACCUCUGCCCCCAGUGUGGCCGGAGCUUCCGCCAGAGUUCUGCCCUCCUGACUCACCAGCGGACCCACACUGGCGAGAAACCUCACCAGUGCCCGCAGUGCGGGAAGAGCUUCUCCCGGGGUUCCCAGCUCACCCGUCAUCUGCGAAUCCACGGGGCAGAGAGAUCCCACCGCUGCCACCAAUGCAGCCGGAGUUUCUACCACAGCUCCGAGCUGGCCAGGCACCGGGCCUCCCACAGCAAGGACCGGCCCUACGGGUGCAGCCAGUGCGGGAAGAAGUUCCGCUGGCGCUCCGACCUGGUGCGCCACCAAAUCACCCACACUGGCGAGCGCCCCUACGGCUGCCCAGAGUGUGGCAAGAACUUUGGGCAGAGCUCCCACCUGGUGAGGCACCGCAGGACCCACACAGCCUGCUUCCCUCUCCCCAAGACCGACGUGAGGUGGAUGGAGCGAGGGGAAGAGCCGUGGGGCCCUGAUCUCCCCUCCUCCGAGGCUGGGGGGACCCCCGGUGAGACCCACACAGAAGCUGACGGGGUGGCCACACCCCCGACUCCCCGCCACAAGCCAGCCGGCCGCUCCUACCAGUGUCCGGAGUGCGGGAAAUCCUUCCGGCAGAGCUCGCACCUCCUCCAGCACCAGACCACGCACACAGGCGAGCGCCCCUACCGCUGCCCCGACUGCGGCCGGGCCUUCAGUCAGAGCUCUGACCUGGUGCGGCACCAGCGCGUCCACACAGGCGAGCGCCCCUACCACUGCCCUGACUGCGGCCGGGCCUUCAGCCAGAGCUCCAACUUGCUGCAGCACCGGCGGGCGAGCUCCGGCACCCGCCCCUUCUGCUGUGCCCAGUGCGGCAAGCGCUUCGGCCGCAGCUCCCACCUGCUCAAGCACCAGGCCACCCACUCCGGCGAGCGGCCCUUCGGCUGCGCCGACUGCGGCAAGCGCUUCGGCCACAGCUCCAGCCUGCUCCAGCACCGGCGGGUCCACGCUGGCCAGCGGCCCUUCGGCUGCGCCGACUGCGGCAAGAGCUUCCUGCAGAGCUCCGACCUGCUGAAACACCGGCGCGUCCACACCGGGGAGAAGCCCUACACCUGUGGGGAGUGCGGGCGCGGCUUCAGCCAGCGCUCCCACGUGGUCAAACACGGCCGGGUCCACAGCCGGGGCAAGCCAUGAGGGGGCGGGGGGGUGAGA